UACAGUCGAAUGAAAAUCGCAUCAAAUCACUCAUUCUUAAUCAUUUUCAUAGAUUUUUUCAAAGAAAUAUCUUGAAAAGAUUCAAAUCCGCUCAGGAGUUUCCGGAAUUUGUGUUUUUGAUCUGGAAUUUGUGGGAGAAAAUGUGAAUUUGUUUGGAUCAUGGCCAAGGUCACAUCGAGAGACGGUUGCCGGACUGUCGUCUGCGAUGCAACACCGUGAGUGUUGACCAUUGAAACCAAAACAAUCGUCUCGAAUGCACGCCUGCCUCGCACCAUCACGCAGCGAAAGCUCUCUGGUCAUUGGAACUCUCCUCUGGAGCAGAUUAAAGAGGUUUUUUAGCAACCCCGUUACCAGACAAUUUUUUGGAGAAAUAUUAAAAUAGUCUGCGAGUUUACACGCUGCUUGCGAGGAUAUAUUGACCUCAUUUGCAUGUCAGGAAUUGGGUCAGUGCAGUGCGUUCAGAGGUGCCGCAUGUUAAGUGACUGGAUGACGACCGAUUAUACACAGGGACUUUUGGACUAAAAGGACAAAACUCGUAGGAGGUGAAGAUCAUCCAUAGUUUCGAACUUAGAGAGCGGUAUAACUGUACCAGAAUUUGAUGUUCUGUAGUCAUUUUAGGAAUGAUUUGAGGACUUCGGUACAGUGUUGAAGAUGUACAGUCAGGAAAAAGAUUGCCGAGCCGAACUGCCCGCUGCCAAUGGUAACAUCCUCUCCUCUCUGCUUCACAAGGGGAAACUCCAGCACGGAGGUCACCAUGACUUGUGUGAUAGUCCCUACCAAACUGCGCCCAUCCAGAGUCGAGUACCGUCUCAUCUGUACAAUGCACUCCACGGGAAGGUCCCGAGCGGAAUCCACUCUGCACGGGCGAGCCCUGAUGGGCCACCACUUCUCCGGCCGGACUACCGACCGCCUCCACAGCUGAUACAGAUGACAGGUCACUUCAGAACGCCGGUGUCUCUCUCUCACACCAUCAGUAGCCCUUUAGGACAUUCUGAGGAUAUCAAACCCGUGAAACAUGUUCUCGACAAUGAUCGGGAGCGGAAGUUCAUACGACACCACACCCACCAUCACCACCAAGUGGACACAGAUCUGGCCAACCAACGAUACUUGGAGCAGGUUCGGCUCGCCAGGGCGCAACAAGUACAGCAAGCGCAACAACAGACACAAGUCUACGAAGCUGGUAGCUAUCAACGGAGUUCCCCCGGACGGCUUGAAGCACCCCGGGUUGAAGCCACACGGGAGGAGCCACUGGCGCAUGUGGAGCGGCGGGAGCACCGUGAUUCGGUGGAGAGUAUGGACACUCAGUCAUUUCCUCUGUCACUGACUACGACCCGGGAAGCUCUGACUCCGGAUAAGACAGACACUGACAGUGGUGUUUACACUGACUCGGAACAAGACGAACCAAUGGACUUAUCCUGUCGGAGAAAUUCCACUCCCAUCUCGGUGUCGGGAUCGUCAUCACCGCCGACACCUGAACCUGUUCAAAACGGCAGUCAUGGGUGCUUUAACAUUGCCAUCGCGGAUACGCAGUACCUGAGAGAGCUCCUCUCGCGGACCGGGGGACAGGAGUCACCACGAGCACAGAAAGAACAGUCACAAGGCAAUACAGCACAUUACACUAAAGUCACACUAGCCAAGAAAAAUCUGUUACCGGUGAGCGCACGCGUGUCGGACUGGUUGAUGAAAAUUGUGCAAUUCUCAGAAUCGAUCCCCGAAUUUAAGAACUUGACCCAAAAUGAUAAGGUGACGCUUCUUCUGUCAUCCUGGUCACGGGUUUUAUUACUCUAUAUGGCAGAGAACAAUUUCCACUUUGUGGUCAGUCCAGAUAAUAAAGACGGUUCAGCAGACUCGCAGACGCCACCGCCCCCUAGCGUCCCGACCGUGAAGUCAGUGGAGAUGGUUCUCUCAUUAAUAAGGAAGUACCAGACCCUUAAUCUAGACGCUAAAGAAUAUCUGAUGUUACGGAUAGCAGUGCUUUUUCAAUGUGAUGCUGGGUUUCUCGAAAAACCAGAAAUAGUGGACAGUGUCCGACAGCAGGUGCAGGAGUGUCUCCAGCAGCACGUGCAGGUCACGCGACCCGAUGACGUCAUGCGCUACGCCAAACUUCUCAUGUCGCUCCCGGUCUUAUACAGCAUAGACGACAAAAUGAUGGAGAAUUUAUUCUGUAAGCAUAUCACUGGCGACACUGACGUCACGGUCUUAUUGAAGGAGAUGCUGAAGUCGGUCUAGUCCACUGAUUCAGCUAAGAACGCUUUAUUUGCCAAAUAUUCCUCUUCAAAAGAGCAUUUGGCACAACUUUGGCUACUGGUCGAAAGUUACGAUAGGAUCUCGUUCGAACUCUCGUCGCUACGUGACUUCGCACCAUGUGACUUUUGAUCUCGAUGAAAUCUCGCACAGGUGGUUCACUCUUGACUGGUUGGAUCUCGUUUCUGUUCUUUGCGAGACUUGCCAGGAAAUGUGAACAAACUUGAUAUGGUUCUGUGGUUAGACCUUGAACUGACUUCUAGUCUUCACUGACCAUACUGGUCUUGCUUUAACUUCUCAACUGGCACGACGGGAUGAUUGCCUGGACAACUUUCAAGACUAUAUCUUUACAUUCCUGCUAAAACUCUCCUGAUUCGAACAUACAUGGACUUGUUGCUCUUAGAGCAUUAUCAUGGUGUUGUUUUGUGAUAUAAGAAGAAAGUUAAGUCGCUUCAAAGUGGUUCACUUGGCGAACUGUGUCAAGCAUUGUCUAGCAGUGUAUUUUGUCAAAGGUCGCGGACAGUGGGGCCGUGUUUAUAGCUCAAAGAGGCGUGGGUUCGAACACUUGGUAAACGCUCAUAAAUGGAAAGUGUGUGCAACAUGUGCUCUCCUUUAUGAAUAUAUUUAUAUUUUAUUUAUUGCGCAAUUUAUUUUCAAAAUUUGGUAGUAAUUGGACGCUUAGCGUUACUACUCUAUAAGCAUGUACAGUAUUUAAAUGAAUUCCACAACGGGAAAUAUGGAGAAUUACUAUUUUUGCGAAAACCCUAGCAAUACGGAACUCUUUCAGUAAUAAUGUCCAGCAUAAAGAUUAAUGUGACAAUGUUAUGAAACACACAGAUGUAAUGCAUUUCACAGAGAUGCAUAUCCUGGGUGUGAGGUUACUUGACUAGUAUGCUGUCAUGCUUUCAAUGCUUUUAUCAUCAGUGAUGAAUAUCAUCAUAAAAGCUAUGCUUGUCGUUAGCAUCCAGAUAACAUACUGGGGAUUCUUGCAAAUAAUGCAUCUACUGCUAAAUUUACAAUAGUUGCACAAAGUUUACUCUGAAUCCAAAAAAUUCUUUUUAUAAAACAAACAAUGGGUAUUGGUGGAUUUAUGGGGAAAGGUAUGUUGAAAAUAUUGGUAUUUUGUAAUAAUCCUCAGUGCAUUUCAAAUCCAUGUAUUACCUACAUCCUUUAAAUCAAUUUAAUUAUAGCCACAGAAGACUAAUUGCUGGUGUGGUCUGCUUGGUUUCUUAUUGUGACGUUAUUGCACAUGUCUUUCUGACGUCAUCGCUGCCACAACCAAUAACAUGAUUUGCCGUGACCUAUUUUAGAUGCUCAAUCCGCUAUGCAACUUGUAAGGAUGGAUCCUUCAACUUAAAAGUCCACCUUUAGUUUGCCAGAAUGCUGUGAACAUUAUCAUAACCGUACCAUCAUUGGCAAAUUCACUGUGGUAUAAAAAAGUGCAACUUCGAAAAAAUUUCAACUCCAAUGGUAAGUCAAGCUUAUUUGUUACAUCCCUCUGGGUUUUUAUUAAGCAUGGCGUUUUCCUCAGGUAAAUUUGCCUGCUCUUUCAAAUACCUAACAUGGAUCUAUCAAAGAUUUACAGUUUGCCGGAAUGGGCACUGAUCAGUUCAACUCCCUGUAAUUAACAGCAAAAGCACAGAUCGAAUCACUUUUCUCCUUGCUACUCUUGGAGACGAUACACAUAAUUCAAAUUGGGGAUCCAUCCGUUUGAAUAUUUUGAUUUUUUCCGCACAUUGGGGAGACUAGGACUCCCGUAACAGAUGUAUGUUAACCCAUUAGGGACUUUAAACUAUUCGAAGGAUGACACCUUCAGAUUAUCUAAAAGUGUGAGCAUUUAAAAAGUUGACGUGUCAACAGGUAUUUCGAUGAAUACAUUAAAACUCAUGAUAAAUCAAAUCUAAAACUGAGCCACGUGUACCAUUGAUCAAGUUCCCAAGAGGUUGAUAGGGCAAUAUCGGCUUAGACAACACGAAACAAGGUCGGUGAUCUCCAGGCCUCUGCUUCAGAACAAAAUGUUUUUCGAACGCUUCUGCAAAUAUUUUUUUUAACGAUGUAACUGGUGUUGAUGCUUUAUCACGUGCCAAUUUGUUUAGUCACAUGAUAAAGUAUCUGGCCAAUCAUAUUGCUGGUUUCUUAGAACACCGGUUUUCACCCAUUUUAGGUAGAUUUCCGUUCCAGACUGUGAGGAUAGUCAUAGGACGACUAUUCCUUCACAGUCUCAAGGUCCCUGGUGAAAUUAUAGACAAUUGUCGGUGACUGAGAAGCUUCUGUGAUUUGCAUAAAACUCGAGUGAAAUACAUUGGUGAUGUUGAAACUGUUGUCGUUACUGUAUUGGUCAGUUUUGUCCGUAGCAAUGGCAACGUGUCGUGACGUCACAUCCGGCCUUCGCCCGGUGCCCAAUGUAUUGACAAUUAUGUGCAAAAUACAUUUGAACAUUUUAAAAGCCGUCGCAAUUUUUCGUCUUGUCUAGCUUAAACAUUUUUGUGGUCAAGACUUCAGUUUCUGUAGGGCUUAUUAUUGCAAGCGUCAAACGCUACACAUGUGCUUCUAAGUUGCCCUGUACAUUCCACGUAUAUAUGGAAGCCAAGACGUGUUGGUGUUUCGUGUCCUAUAAGAAAUACAGUUUCACAUUUUUUAUUGACCAGGUUGGUUCGUUUCGCUUGAUGGUGUUUAUAAAACACGAACUCAUUAGUGUGUAGAUUAUUCAGUUGUUGAGCGAGUCAUUCAAAAUGACGUCUAGGCGCUUAUUCAUUGUGGUUUGAUUAUGACGGCAAGCACACAAUACGUACAACGACAUUUCAGCAUUGGUUAAAAUGCUUCCAGAAACAGAAAUAUCAUAGCAUUCGUCAACUUUUCUGCUGCUUCCAAACUAUUCAUACACAGCAUCACGUGACCAUUCUCGCGAGAAAACGACCAGCUGGCAGUUAUAGACCAUUGUGUAAUCCAUGCUUAAUAAUGAAUGAGAAUAUCCCGGUAAGUUUGCUCAAUACGAUGAAAUCCAAAGAUUUUGAAAUUGUUAUAUUAUUUUCGAAUUAGAUAGUUUCAGCAGCAGAUAGUCAUCCCGCAGUGAAUGGUCACGUGAUACACACAUAUGGUUUCUGUACUGUUCGGAGUAGGGCUAUUGUGGUUAUAAUAUUGAUCAUAUUUGUGUGUUUUUAAUCGCCAAAAAUCACGUCGACGAAAUGAUGUAAAUUUUGAACGUUGCUAGCUUGUACCAAGUACCAAUUUGAGUUGAUUUGAAAUGCAUUUGAAGGCACACAGUACCAACAUUUCAAGGUCGAAUGUUACAUCAUACCCUGUUAUGAUGCUUUUUCUCAAGAAACUGCAUAAUAGUAUCAGUAAGUGUUCUCUCCACGAUUACUCCUCGAGGGGUAUUUUGGGACCUCGUCAUUGGAGGUGACAUCCAAUUCGACCUCAUUUUUCUUGGUACUGUGUCCCUUUUAUGGAAGUGUCAAACCGACCAUCUUCUUUGUUGAUGGAUUCAGAAGCCAGUACACUAUAAUAUAAUUAAGUAUUAUUAAGUUGGAUCCCGGUUACCAUGGUUACUGUAAGAACAAUUGUUUAAAUGACGUCAUCAGUAUUGUUGAUUUCACAUACUCUUUCUGAAUUACGAACUCCUGUUGAUUGAAAGUCUCGUGAAGUCACAAAUGGCUUUGUCACCCACGUGACUUCCGGUGAAUUAUUAAUGGCUCUGUUUGAUUGCAACUGGUUCCCUGUCCGCUCAUCAAAUGAAGGACACGGGAUCAGUCUACUUCUGUUUGGUGACUCCUUUGUGAAAACAUGAUGGGCAUUUGGACGAGGUUAAACCACGUGAUCUGUUUUCUUAUCCGAUUGCUGGUCAAUCAGAGUGGUCGUUAUUUCCAUGGCUACAGUGCCUUUGCAUUAAGUCGAGGUACGAGGUUGAUCAAUCUGGCCGGGCUAAAAACAAAUUAUGAAGGCUAUUUAGCGCUUAUGCGCAGUACGAAACUCAACUGCAACUUUAUACAUCACAUAACCACUCAGCAAAUGAACUUGUUGACAGCACUAGUUAAGUAAUAACAGCCGCAAAAAACAGCCACAUUUAUGACAUAUUUAAUUCGUUUUGAGUUUCAAUUCAAGUCAAGUAAUAAAUUCCUACAAUUCAGGAAGAAACCAUCAAAUCUACUGCUGGCCAUCUUGUUGUCAGCCAUUUUGUUCAGCCUCGUACCUUGGGCACACAUAACACACAGCAAGGCGUUAACACUAUACUAUUCAUCCAUUCAAUCUCGACAAUCAUUUUUGUCCCCCGAUUCGUUUUCGUUGUCAGAUUCCGGUUGACGAAGUGCUUGCAACAGCGCAUGCGCACAAUAUCUGCUCGUUUUUAGAUGUCCGUCUUAAAUACAUGUUAAUGUAUAUGAAUUAUGCUUAACCCGGUUAUGAUCGUCCGUUGCUUUGCGCAGACACGCCUAGCAACGGGACGACUCCUUUUAGUGACUAAAUGAGAUAGGUGUGUCUCUAUCAAUUACAUCAUCAUCACUUGUGUGCUUUGUCAGAAAACGUCAAAAGUUGUGAACUUGCAAGUAAAAUAGUGAAUUUUUAUUAUAUUGAAA